AUCCUCUCUGCACGGAAAAGAAAGAAUAAGCCCGUGGAAGAAAAGAGGAGGCGUGCAAAUGCACCAGUAUUUGUCCACAAGGGGAAGACAAAAAAAAAAAAAAACGUGUUUGAAAAUGGAAUGAGAGACUGGUGCUGCUGAGCUCCAAUCUCCUGCUCUCUUCCCCUCCCGCAGCUUGGCACCAUCCGAGGGGACGGGGAAGGGUGAAAGGUGGCGGCUUUCAGGGAUUUCUGCGAACCGGGAUUUGCUUCCAUAUGAGAGGAUUUGGUGACCGAGGCAACGUGGAGAGUCGUCCCGCUCCGUGGCAGCUCCCCCUCCUCUGUGGUGUACCGACACAGACCGUCGUCCAGGCUAUGGUCCUGGCUGAGGAGCGGGGCAUCACCCGGAUGCAGGAGGGAGGAUAAGACGCUCGCCAUGGGAGCCAAACAGAUGAAAUGUCUCAGCUCAGCCAGCCCUGCUCACUCCCCCAAAGAGGAAUACGCCGUUACCCGGUCCAGCGACACCCCUGGAGACGAAACCAUCCGUGAUCAGCCGGAGGACCGGAGGGCUGCCGGCGUCGACCGACCCGAGCCGACGGACAAGAAACAUGUCGCAGAGGAGGUGUCGCUCUGUGGGUUGUGCCCUUCUCUUGGGCACGAUGGGCAAGUGGAAGGGAAGUCCUGGAUGGAGCAGCUGGACGCCCAGCAGGAGCAGCUGGAGAAGGAGAUGCAGGAGGCCAGGCGGAUGGUGUUUCGCCUCCAGGCUCUGCUGCUCAAUGGCUCGCUCCCAGAGGAGGACCAAGAUGGAUCAGUGAGCUUCGGUGACAACCGGGCUAACGCCGAGCAGCAGCUGGUUGUAGUCCGCAGCCGCCUUGACCAAAGCACAGAGGAAGCCCUCGAUCUCAAGCGGGAACUUCUGAGACACAAACAAGAAGCACGCCAAAUCCAGGCCAUAAAGGAUGCUCUGCAGCAGCGGCUGUCUGUGCAGGAGGAUGCGGUGCUGCAACUCAAACAGGAGCUACUGAGGUGCAACAUGGCCAAAGAUCAGUUGGAAGGCGAAAAUGUGGUCCUCAACGACAAGCUGAGCGAGCGCAACAAAUUACUCAGCGAAUACGAGCAGCAAGUCGGGAGGAAGGACCGACUGGCGCAGCAGCAAAAGCUGGAUGAGGCUCAGCAGAAAGCAAAGUCUUUCCGAAAUGAGGGUGGUGGUUACAGUCGCUCUCCUCCUGCGUUCCAGCACAGUGCACCUGGGGAGGAGCUCCAGCUGGUGAGGGAGGCGCUGCGUAGUUUGAGGGACAGCUUUUCAGGCCACGACCCCCAGCAUCACACCCUGGACACCUUGGAGCAGGGUGUGUCCAGUCUAAUGGACCGCCUGCUCUCCGUGGACCCCCAGCGGCGACAGAACAGAGGGGAGGAGUUUAAAUCACCAGGUCGCAGAGCCAACUCUACAGAUCGUGACUCAUGGCCACCAAGCUUCAAAAUGGCCCACUCUCACAGCAGCCCUGGGUUGGAUGCCUCCGUGUCCACCAAAGUGCUCUACUUCACCGAUCGCUCGCUCACACCGUUUCUGAUCAACAUCCCUAAGAGGUUGGGAGAAGUGACGCUGCGAGACUUCAAGGCGGCCGUGGACAGACAAGGCAGCUUCAGAUACCACUUCAAAGCUCUCGACCCGGAGUUUGGCACCGUCAAAGAGGAGGUAUUCCAGGACGGAGCAGUGGUGCCCGGCUGGGAGGGGAAGAUUGUAGCUUGGGUAGAGGAGGACCAUGGAGAGAGGAAGUAGAAGACCCCCACCAAAAAAAAAAAAAAAAAACCUUCAAUUGUGUCUAUCAAAUCCAAACUUGAAUGGAAAUACUCGGGACCAACGGACUGAAAAUAAACGGUUGAAUGUUUCAUGUCAAGGAAUGCUCGUUAAAGGGGAACAUUAUCACAAUUUCAAAAGGGUUAAAAACAAUAAAAAUCAGUUGUAUUUUUUGAAGUUUUUUUCAAAAUUUUACUGGUCCCGGAAUAUCCCUAAAAAAAGCUUUAAAGUGCCUUUUCUUUUUCGCUCUCGGCCAAGACACUGUUCAUUUCCCUGUGACGUCACACAGUGCUGCCAAUGUAAACAAACAAUGGCGAGAUAUAGCGACAUUAGCUCGGAUUUCAGCGGCUUAAGCGAUUCGACAGAUUACGCAUGUAUUGAAACGGAUGGUUGGAGUAUAAAAGUAUUGAAGAAGAAACUGAAGCUAUUGAGCGAAUUGCUAUUGACGCUAUUCAUAGCCAUAGCAUGGCCGAAUAGCUGCGUUAGCAUCGCCGGUAAAAUGUGCGGACCAAACGAUCAGGACUUUCGCAUCUUGUGACACUGGAGCAACUUAAAUCCGUCGAUUGGUAAGUGGAAGGAAAUGUAAUAUAGUUUCAAAUGUACAUACAUGUUAGCAUCAAUUAGCUGGCAGUCACGCCGCGACCAAAUAUGUCUGAUUAGCACAUAAGUCAACAACAUCAACAAAACUCACCUUUGUGAUUUCGUUGACUUUAUCGUUGCAAAUGCAUCUGCAGGUUAUCCAUACAUCUCUGUGCCAUGUCUGCUUUAGCACCGCCGGUAAAUAGCAUGUUAACAUCGAUUAGCGUAGCAUGUUAGCAUCGAUUAGCUGGCAGUCACGCCGCGACCAAAUAUGUCUGAUUAGCACAUAAGUCACCAACAUCAAGAAAACUCACUUUUGUUAUUUCGUUGACUUUAUCGUUGCAAAUGCAUCUGCAGGUUAUCCAUACAUCUCUGUGCCACGUCUGCUUUAGCACCACCGGUAAAUAGCAUGUUAGCAUCGAUUAGCGUAGCAUGUUAGCAUCGAUUAGCUGGCAGUCAUGCCGCAACCUAAUAUGUCUGAUUAGCACAUAAGUCACCAACAUCAACAAAACUCACCAUUGUGAUUUUGUUGACUUUAUCGUUGCAAAUGCAUCUGCAGGUUAUCCAUACAUCUCUGUGCCAUGUCUGCUUUAGCACCGCCGGUAAAUAGCAUGUUAGCAUCAAUUAGCGUAGCAUGUUUGCAUCGAUUAGCUGGCAGUCAUGCCGCAACCUAAUAUGUCUGAUUAGCACUUAAAUCAACAACAUCAACAAAACUCACCUUUGUGAUUUCGUUGACUUUGUCGUUGCAAAUGCAUCUGCAGGUUAUCCAUACAUCUCUGUGCCAUGUCUGUCUUAGCAUCGCCGGUAAAAUGUGCAGACACUCCAGCACAUUCAAUGGGGGUCUGGUGGCAGAUUUCUUGCCACUUGCGCAUCUUCGGGCCAGUGGUGCAACCCGAAUCCCUCCCUGUUAGUGUUGUUACACCCUCCAACAACACACCGACGAGGCAUGAUGUCUCCAAGGUUCCAAAAAAAUAGUCUAAAAAACGGAAAAUAACAGAGCUGAGACCCGGUGUUUGUAAUGUGUUUGAAAAAAUGAAAAUGGCGGGUUUCUUACCUAGGCAACGUCACAUACUGACGUCAUCGCUACAAGAGCCAUAAACAGAAAGGCGUUUAAUUAACCAAAAUUCACCCAUUUAGAGUUCGGAAAUCAGUUAAAAAAACAUAUGGUCUUUUUUCUGCAAUAUCAAGGUAUAUAUUGACGCUUACAUAGGUCUGGUGAUAAUGUUCCCCUUUAAGACACUCGACGCCAGUUAAUUAGCUAAAAGAGUUCCACGAUGAGUAACAGAGUUGAGAUAAUGAAAGGAUGUUCACUGCCAUUUUCCACAAGUUCCUGAUUGCCAAAUAGUUUGCCUUUUUACUUCCAGCCAAUAUUUAAAUAAACAUCAAUUGUUGCAUGGA